AUGGAAUUACUUCCAAUUAUAAUCAUUAGGAAGAUAAUAUCAUACUUGAAUCUGUUUGAAGAUAGGUUGAUUGUAUCAUUGUUGUGUAAAAGAUUGUUUACAAUACGUGAUAAGUACAUCAACCUAUUCGAUACCAACAUCAUCAAUGAGUUCAACGUCAACAAAACUCACUUCACCAUUCACUUACUAUCACUCGAUAAAGGAAACCAAGUGGAUACAAUCAUUCAUCAGUUGAACUCAAUGUCCAACCUUAGGGAGGUCGAGUUGUCUAUGGGUGAAGGUCCCGAGAUAUGGGACCAACCAUUGUUAAACCCUAGUCAUCCACUGUGUACGGCACUAGUUGAUCUUGUGAAGACACGUGCCGUACAACUAUGUUGGAAAACAUAUUCAAUAGAAUCCUCACUCAAACAUCUGCCCUUGACAAGUUUGAUCGUCUCUGAUUAUUAUCCAUCGCGUGGUGAUCUACUGCCAAGCACUCUCAAACACUUAAUAGUCAAAGAGACAUAUGUGAUCAAACAUGAGCCAAGUGGCUCAUUACCACUACCCGAUGACCUACAUACGUUGGAUCUUACAUUGGCGACCAACUCCCAUUUUAGCCAAAAAGAACUCACUCCUGGAAUGCUACCACGCCAACUCCAGACAUUACUGAUGGGCCGCGAUAUGUUCAGUGAUGGUAUCCUACCAAACACAUUGCCCGCCACACUCAGAUCAAUAAGGUUUGGACCAAGCUUCAAUCAACCGAUCAAUCAAUCAGUGUUGCCAUCAUCGAUCACCAGUGUGGACUUUUAUCAAAACACAGUGUAUGGCAAGGACUUGGUGGACCUGCCCAGCAGCCUCACAUCAAUCAGUCUGCCACACUAUUACGAAGAUACACUGGACCAUCCACAACUUCAGCGUCUCCGCAUCUAUUCCAAGAUGCCCAAGUUCAGUCGACCAUUUCCAAACAUGAAACGACUGCGCAUUGAGAUCCUCGAGCGCCUCAGCCAGUAUGAUCGAUCAUUCUUCCCAGUCCUUGAAUGCUUGCGGAUAGAUUUUCGCAAGGACAAGGCGGACACAACAUUGGAAGGAGUGAUCACGCCCAAUCUUACUCGAUGUAGGCUUUUCUCUAAAGCCAUGUUUGGCUUGACAUUCCUUGUGAAAGAGUUAGACCACAUUGCCUCUGGCGUGCACUCCUUGAAGUUGGGCAGAUGUAGCUUCAAACCAGGCUUUGUGUUCCCAUCCUCAAUCACAAGUCUUACACUAUGGUAUGUAAGACAGGUCAAGAUUUCAGAGCUGCCGCCAUCAAUCACUUCAUUGGAGUUGCGUCUCAACACUUGGAAAAUGGAGGCACCACCACCACCAACUGUUAGACACUUGACAUUGUACUUCAACGCAGGCGUUGAGGAAUAUCUUGAUAACAUACCAUUAUCAAACAUGGUGUUGGUCAUUAUAAUGAACAGACCUAUAAUGUACCUCAAGUUUAUACGUCUGGCCGAUCAACUAUUCCUAAAAUGUCCAAUACCCGUCCCCGAAAGUGGAGGAAUAAUGUCUCUUAAUGACUUUGAUUCGUUGACAAACCAAGGCUUACAUUAA